UUGAGAUUGAAUGGUUCAUAAUACUCUCAUCCUUCUCCUCAUUUGUCUCUCCUACUACAAGAAUCGAGAGAAGGAGGACUGAAGCUGGAAGAGAAGAAAAAAUGGAUAGAGAAGAGCAAAGAUCGAGUCUCACUUCACCUCUUAUUCACUUUUCUGAAGAAAAUAGUUUUGAAUUGAAGAGUGUGGCUAAGGGUCCAUUCAGCAAAUCAAACAUCAUUGCAGAAGUGAAGAAGCAAUUGUGGUUAGCCGGACCUCUAAUAUCUGUUAGUCUCUUGCAGUACUGUUUACAGGUUAUCUCUGUUAUGUAUGUGGGUCAUCUUGGAGAGUUAGCUCUCUCUGGUGCUUCAAUGGCCACUUCCUUCGCAACUGUGACUGGAUUUAGCUUACUGAUGGGAAUGGGAAGUGCAUUGGAUACAUUCUGUGGUCAGUCCUAUGGAGCAAAACAGUAUCAUAUGCUUGGCAUACAUAUGCAGAGGGCCAUGUUUGUGCUAAUACUUGUUAGCAUUCCCCUUGCUUUUAUCUGGGCAAACACAGGGCCUAUUCUUUUGGCUGUUGGACAAGAUCCAGACAUAGCAGCAGAAGCUGGAGUUUAUGCUCGUUUCAUGAUCCCAAGUCUUUUUGCAUAUGGUCUUCUCCAAUGUCAUGUCAGAUUCUUACAAACACAAAAUAUUGUCUUUCCGAUGAUGAUAAGCUCAGGAGUUACAGUUCUGCUACAUUUCUUUUUCUGUUGGAUUUUAGUGUUUAAAUCUGGCCUGGGUAACAUAGGAGCUGCAUUGGCAAAUUCCAUCUCUUAUUGGAUGAAUGUCCUAUUGUUGGCUGUCUAUGUCAAGUUCUCUCCUUCCUGCAAGAACACUUGGACCGGUUUCUCAAAGGAAGCAUUGCAUGGCGUCCUCAACUUUUUAAGGCUCGCAGUUCCCUCGGCUGUUAUGGUUUGCUUGGAAAUGUGGUCAUUUGAGCUGAUGGUUCUCCUAUCUGGUCUUCUUCCAAAUCCAAAGCUAGAAACAUCAGUUCUGUCAAUCAGCCUCAACACAGCCGGAUUGGUUUGGAUGAUCCCGUUUGGACUUAGCGGAUCUGUAAGUACACGGGUUUCCAAUGAAUUGGGUGCUGGGCAUCCUCAAGCUGCACGUUUAGCAGUACUGGUUGUGUUAGUCAUGGCUAUUACUGAGGGAAUUCUAGUAGGCAUGGUCUUGAUCUUAUUGCGUAGAGUUUGGGGGUUUGCUUAUAGCAAUGAAGAGGAAGUAGCAAAAUAUGUGGCAAACAUGAUGCCAGUGCUUGCUCUAUCCAACUUCUUGGAUGGAAUGCAAUGUGUGCUUUCAGGCACAGCAAGGGGAUGUGGUUGGCAGAAGAUUGGUGCUUUCAUCAAUUUAGGAGCUUAUUACCUUGUGGGAAUUCCUUCUGCUAUUUUAUUAGCUUUUGUACUCCAUAUUGGAGGAAAGGGACUCUGGUUUGGUAUUAUAUGUGCGCUCUGUGUGCAAGUGUUAGCUCUUUUAAUCGUUACCUUCCGGUCUAAUUGGGAGGGGGAAGCAAAAAAGGCAACUGACAGAGUCUCUAACUCCAUGAUCCCCAAUGAUAUGGUUUCAUGAAGCUGAAUUAUUGAUGCUUCAUGUCUAAAGAAGUAUAAAAAUAUUCUUAAUAGAUCCAAGCAAGGCAU